GAGAGAAAUAAAGCCUGACAGCUGAAGGGUUUCGUUACACGCCAGGGAACCUGCCGAGCCUUUAAUAGCACAAGUGCGAAAUAAAGUAGCGCGACUUGCAGUUUAAAUCCCUCAGCCAUCCCGAGGGAAACAGCAGAACAUCUAUUCACUGCUACUUCAGAAACUGUCACUUUAACUAACAGCCCUGAUGUCGAGUUCGAGCUGAACUGAGUGCAUGGAGAUUUUCUUUUCUUCUCGCCACCCCGUUAUGGAGCUUAUUAAAGUGAGGAGCAGCGGAAUUCAGCGCCUCAUUCACCACAGCAGAUUGGUGCUACUACUAUUAGUGUAGCUGGUCUUCAUGCAUUACUUGAGGACUCCGUGUAGCAGAUGUUGCUUGGACUUUUGCACGACUUUUAUUAUUUAUUAUUUAUUGGAUGUUCAUGUGAGGUGACACCAUGUCUUUGAACAGUAUUAGCCGAAUGUUACUACUACUGUAGUUAUUAAUAAUUAAUAAUGUGAAGCUGCUGUAAUCAUUAUAUAUAUAUAUAUUGUUCUAUUUACAGACAUUACAUUUUCAUUUUAUAUCACUGCCAUUUGGAGCCUACUGCUAAAUUUAUUUAUUUAUUUAUUUUUACCUCUAAAUCUGUCUAUCUAAAAUAUUUGUUCUUAGUGGGACAUAUGCCUAUACAACUGCUACAUAACCUUAGUGGUAGUAGAAAGAGUAUAUAUAAGUCAUACUAAAAGUAUGUAUUCCUAAUAAUGUGAAUGCUGCUUCUUUAAUACUAAUGGAUGCUAAUAGGCUUGACCGUCACCACUAUGGGGUGUAUGCAGAGUGCAGGCACAAAUAUUUACGAAAACAUUAGAGUCGUGGAACUGAACACUUCUAUCGAUUCUAGUCCUACUGUCAUUGAUGAGUCGUCCAAUGUAGUACUGAGGUACCGUACACCCUACUUUAGAGCUGCUGCCCGAGUACACAUGCCACCAUUGGUCCGUAAAGAAAUUUGGACUGUGGGCUGGAUCCAGGCAUGCAACAAAAUGGAUUUCUUCAAUUACUAUGGAGAAGAAGGAAUAUCGAGUUGGGAGCUCCCUGAGCUGAGAGAUGGACGCAUCCACUCUAUCAGUGAUUCCGAUGGAGUGAACUACCCAUGGUAUGGCUGUACCACUGAGAUAUAUACCAUAGUAGGGCCCACCAAGAAGAGCACCUCUCUCACUGUGAGCAUGAAUGACAACUUUUGCCCCAGCGUGACAUGGAGCAUCCCCACAGGCACCCACAGUGUCCCCCCACUUUUGAGCUCCAUCCAUAGGGAUCAGCACUUCACCACCUGGCUGGUGGCCAUGAAUGAGUCCACAGCUGAGAUUGUACUGCUCAGGACCAUCCGUUGGAGGAUGCGGCUUGCUAUUGAGGUAGAUCCUGAGAAGCCUCUGGGUCAGAGAGCUCGCAUCAUGGAUCAUCUUACUCAGGAACAGCCAGAGAUCUUGGCUACAAAUGAGCCCAUACCACCGAAUGCCUUGGUCAAACCCAAUGCCAAUGAUGCUCAGGUGCUAAUUUGGAGGCCUAAAAGAGGGAAAUCAGUUGUGGUCAUCCCCUCUAAGUAUUAAGUGAAGUGGAAAAACAAACACUGAGAAUGUUAAGAAUGUUUAAGACUUAAUUGUUUGACCUUUGCCUUCUCACUGUUCCUUAAGCAGUAUAUUUUUUAUUUAUUGAUUUGGUGAUCUUUUAUUGGAUGUUAGAAUUUAAGGUGUGGUUUCAGAUAAACAGCACUCUGUAUUAAUAUUUUACCAUUUGUUAAAUUAUUUUAAUAAUGUUCAGAGUUUUGUAUGCAUGCAGUUCUGUAAACAGUCAUGUCCACUUUGUGUUACAUUUGGGUGGGGAAAAUAUUUGAAAUAUUAUUUUAUCAAUGCGAAUUUAAACCAGAUACAUUAGAAACAUUGCUGCCAUUGGACUUUAUUUCAUAAUAGUAUGGGACAAUGUUGAAUUUAUGAGGUGAUGUGAAAAGCAUCUGGGCAGUGGUGGACAACUCACAGAUCAUAUUCAGGUUAGUGCUAAAUGGCAUUUCAACAAUUUUCAUCUGUUUUUCUACACGGAUUUUGAUGUUUAACAGUGUGCAAAAAUAUGUAUGUGUUUUAUUGACAAAUAUCAACUUCUUUGGAAAAAAAACAACUCAAUGACUGAUCUGUCUAUUCACAUGAUUGAGUCUAGCAGUUAUGGUUGAACAUGUCAACAUCUAUAGAACAAAAAUCCUUGCUAAGAUAAUGGCAUUAAUGUUUUACCAACUUUCAAGUUCUUUCCAUAAUUUAAUUCUCAAAAACUUUUGAUUAUAUGCAACAGGUCCUAUGUAAGCUUAAUGUUUACAAGAAUCACUCUGUGGUUAUAGUUGUAACAUAGGAACCCUGCCUCAGUGGAGACUGUAUGCCCUGAUUCCAAACUGCUCAUAGCUGCCCCAAUUUUGACUCAUCUGCAUUGAUGUUAAAAAUCUUUCUUUGCCUUUUCCUUUUCAUUAAUUCGAUGAGAUACAGUAUGUUUUUGCUCAGUAUGGGCAGGGGGAUCAAUAUUAAGAAUAUAGAACUUAUUUCACAUUGCAAAAUGAUUGUCAUACUUUUUAAGCAGACAAUUAAAAAAUAUUUAAGGACAUCGAAGAGAGAUAUUUGCAUAGAAGUCUGUCUGGAUAUUACAAACUGUAGACCUGUAGAUCUGUAGACAUGCUACGCUACCUGACAGAUUAAACUGGAAGGUAGAUGGGUAAAAGAUGGCCUCAUGGGACAGGAACUCCUCCAGAUUUGUCAUCGAUAAAUGGUAAACAGAUGAGCGCUAAAAUUCUAGAGUUUAUUUGAAAAUGAAAAAACUGUAAAAGAUAAUGACAUUUUAUUGGUAAUAUCAACAUUAAAUUGCAAAUUAAAAUGAGAAAUACAAAUAACACUGAGAUGGAUAUCAACUUAAUACUGAAGUUUAUUCAGUAAAUUCAGAUUAAAAUGUAGAAAAUAUAGUCACAUUAUCCCAGACUGAAGCUAUCAUAGAUAAUUACCUCAUCCAAUUUAAAAUGUGUUAUUCUUAAUAUACCAUGUGCACAUUGCCAUUCUACUGCAUUAAACAUACAGUCAUGUCAGCUACUACACAUAGUUUUAGCCAUCUCCCAGAGUUACCAUCUUUGACUGGUUGUCUGACACCUUGGAACCUGAUCAGGCAACUGAAUGCUUAAUGUUUGAAUACAGAUCCACUUAAAAGAAAAAUAUUUAGAGAGAAAAAUGUGCAAAACAGUCUAAAAAAAUCUAAAACAGACCACUACAAAAACUAUUGAAAUCCCAGGGCCAGUUUGUUUGUUUUUGCUGUAGACUGAAGUGGUUUGGACCUGAGAUCAAGACAUAAGUAUGAAAAUAUGAAUUUAGAAUUUUAGCUUUUAUUCCCUGGUAUUUAUUUGCAGAAAAACUAUUGGAAUGUAUUACUCACAGGUAUUUCUUGGUACCCAGAAGUGUCGUAUUAGAUUGAGUGUUUAAACAAUAAAUGGCCCUGAAACCAAGAUUCUACUCUUGGUGUUAGCCUCCAGUUUCACAUGUAAAGACUGCAUAUGUUAAAAAAAAAGCCUACAUGACGUUCAGAGAGUUGUCUAUGGGAGACAUACAAGGCAUUUUAAACCUAAGAAAAAAAGGCAAAAUCAAUCAUAAACAUUGCACAAACACUGGACAUGGCAGAAACAUUGUGAGAGCUGUGAAGAAAAACCCUGAAACAACAGUGACAUCACCAACAACCUUCACAGGACAGGGGUGAAGGUAUCACAAUCCCACAUUCAAACAGGCCAUACCACAAGAUGCAAAAUAAUCAUCAGCAGUAAAAAUCAGAAAUUCACACAGAAGUACAGAGAUGAACAUUUUGGAACCAAGAUUAACUCCUAAUUAAGGGGUAGAAAGCUUGGAGGAAGAAAGGAUCUGCUUAUGAUCCAAAACAUAAAAGCUUAUCUGUGAAACAUGGUGAAAGUGGUGUUAUGGCUUGAGCUUGCUUGGCUGUUUCUGGAAAGGGGCUCACUAAUCUUUAUUUAUGAUGUCAUUCAUGAUGGUAGAUGAAUUCAGAAAUUUAUAGGGACAUUUUUUCCACCCCAAUUAUUUGGGAAUAACUUUUUCAUACAAUGAUCUGUACAAUACUGACAACUCAACAUAGGAAUUUAUCAGAGGAAUAAAGUGGAAGGUUUUAGACCGGACAAGUCAAUCAACAGACCUUCCAACUCAAUUGAGCAAACACUUCACUUCCUGAAGAGGAAACUAUUGGGAGAAACCCCCCCCCAAAAAAACUAAUAAUAACAGCUUGAUGCAGUUAUUGAAAGCAAGGAAUAUGCAAAUAUUUAGUGUCAUUUGCUUUAAUUUAACUCAAGACUUACUUGUACUUAUACUUUUUUUUAAAUG